GCCGCAGCGGGCAGCUCUGAUAGGCAGCUGCCUGGCGGCGAGAUUCCGACAAUCCCACCGCAGGAUGCGGCGCGUCUUCCAGCACCGCCUAAUCCCCCUCGGCUUCCGCAAUCUGGCAUUGCCUGCAGCAGCGAUGACAUCUUGUCCAUCACCCCCUGCAUUCAAACUCCCUGCGCUUUGCUUCCUAGCGGGGGGGCAGCGGAUGGGUGGCCCGGGAGACCUACUCCCCGGACUCCACCGGGUGGCACCCCAAACCGUGUGCCCGGCGCGGCUCCUCCGCGCCCUGCGGCGUUGCCAGCGCCGCUUGACUCCCCCUCUUCUGCCCCCGCCGCCCUGGCAGGCGGCAUCUGAAGUUGCCCUAGCUUCUCCAUGACAGACAUAAACACCUUGCUCUGCUCCUCCAGCCUCUUGGACAGCUCCGUCACGCGCGUGUCGAUCGUGGUUCCGCCGCUAUCGCUCGUUGGGGUAUCGCCAGGCAUAAUCUCUGCAAAGGGGCUCCUUCGAAGGAAACUCUAUAAAGUAUUCGUCAACCCUAAGUGGUAUGCCCUUGUUGUCUUUGUAGCGACUGCAGUGCUUGAUGUUUAGAUGCUUGUUAUCUCUCACACCCGGUUGGAGGGAAAGAGCAGGGGUCAUCUCGUCUACAGAUCCGACCACNGCGUAGACCACGUGUUCACGGUAGGGAGAAUCAUCCAAGGUAGAAAGAGGGCGGGAAAGCCGACGUACUGCUUCUUCCUGGACGUGAAAAAGGCAUACGACACACAUACGCACUCACACGAACAGAACCAACUGUCCAAGUAUGGGAUCAAGGGGAAAAUGUGGAGAGUGCUGAAGAAGAUGACAGAAGUGUACGAAAGCACGAUCAUGUUAGACGGAGAACUGUCUAAAUUCUUCGACAUUGAGCAGGGGGUCCCACAAGGUUGCACGCUGUCCCCGGUGUUUAUCAACGAUCUGUUGGAAGUCGUAGAGGCAGUCCGCAAGGGAGUAAAAGUAGGGGACACGGAAACUUCGGUGACAGGAAUGCUGUUUGCGGAUGAUUUUGUCGGUAUGUCGGACACCCCUGAGGGACUGCAACUGCAAAUUGACGCGGCGAAGAAGUUUACUGAUAUGUGGAGAUUGUCUGCCAACGUUAAGAAGAGUGCCGUCAUGGUAUGCAACGAGGACAAGGAGGAACCAGUAGAACAUAGAUGGAAGUGGGGGAUCGAGGAGAUUGCAGUAGUGGACCAGUACACAUACCUAGGAGUAGAGAUCGCAAAAGACUGCUCGUGGAAUGCACACAUGUCCAAGGUAGCGGAAAAGGGCAAAGCACGAGCAGGGAAGCUGCACCCAAUACUCGCAAACCGGCACCUCGAUACACGCAUCAAAUUGACGGUUUUGAAGAGCGUAAUGGAAGUAAGAAGGGCAGAGUUGGGGAUCCAAUCCCUACGGUCGGGAAGAGACGCGAGGAAGCUGACAUGGCAGUAUCGCAUGUGCGGGAUGGGAGAGGAGAGGUUGCCGAGAAUUGUAUGGGAGGCGAAGUGGGCAAACAAAAAGAGGGGUAGACAACCCACGGAAUGGGUCAAGGUUGUAGAGGACGUAUGGAAGGGGCUCGACAUCGGCGAAGAUGAAACGCUGGAAACGGAGGGUCUACAGGGGUUCAAGGAGAAGAUAUCUGUUGCUUGUGCCGAGAGAGAAGAACAUAAUCUAAAGAAAGAAACCAAGGAUAAGGAGGGCCUAGAAGUGAGGGGGUAG